AUGAGCUGUCAGGACAUUAUCUCAUUCUUGGUUAUUGCUUGGAACUCCAAUUUCAGCACCCUUUUGCAGAAUCUUUGGAAGAUUGGAAUCAUCACUUUGAUUUGGAUGAUCUGGACAAGUAGGAAUAAUGCGGUUUUUGAGGACCAGGAGUUUUGUGCGGUUAAAGUAAUGAAAGUUGUCAAGACGACAUAUAAGGAAACAGAUAAUUUUCGGAAACUUGGCUUCAUGAGCAAUGUUUGGAGCGAUUAUCUCACUCUUCGCAGCCUCGAGGUGAAGUCUAGGCCUGCUCCUCCUCCGGAAUUCGUUUCGGUCUUUUGGUGGCCGCCGGACAUCGGCUGGAUCAAGGUUAACACUGAUGGUUCGGCUUCUGCAGCUCCGGGGCUUAUUUCGGCUGGGGGUGUGUUUAGAGACCAUCGUGCUUUUGUGUGCGGUUGUUUUCAUAUUAAAGGUGGUUCUGGGUUUGCCUUUGAAGCGGAACUUCUAGCUGUCAUAACAGCAAUUGCCAUUGCUCAUGGUCGUGGUUGGCGUCGGAUUUGGCUUGAAGCGGAUUCGACUUAUGUGGUGAGACUUCUCCAACAACGCAGCAUGGAGGUACCUUGGCGUUUUCGAGCUUACUGGAUUAAUACUCUUAGUCGUCUUGAGGACAUGGUUUUCAAGGUUUCACACAUCUAUCGGGAAGGGAACGCAGCAGCUGAUAUUAUGGCUCAUCCGUCUCGCCAUGAAGGUUGGUGGACGCAGGAAAUCGCGGAAAUCAAAGAUGUUGUUCGAGUGGAUAUGUCUUCUCAUAGUCACACUCGUCGUAUUUAG